GAAAUUUUCAUGAUUCUUAACCGGUACUUUGGUGCGAAUCGGUUCAUUUCCUCGUUGAAUUCGAUCGUCUUUCGCAGACUGUCAAAGAAUUCGUCCCGUUCUCUCUCCACAAUGGAUCCUAACUUAUCAGCAAAGGACCUGCGACAAAUGUUCGUGGACUUCUUUGUGGAAAAGUACGAGCACACAUUUGUUCCCUCUUCGUCCACGAUUCCACAUGAAGACCCAACCUUGCUGUUCGCGAAUGCUGGCAUGAAUCAGGUACUUUAACAUUAAAAAACAUUUUCUGUUGGUUGACCUGAAUAAAAAAGUAAAUGCCUUGCUUCAGUUGAUAAAAGGGAUCGCUAAAGGAACGUUUCAACUUUAAUUUUGCCACCAAGCUAAGCUUUUAUCGCAGCAGUAAGCAUAUCUGUUUGUAAGCUUAAUUAAAAUGACGAAUUAAUAAGCUUGCUUAAAAAGCACAUGAAGUAAUUAUAAGCUUUUAUUAUCAUCAUCACUUUACAGGCCGACUUUUCUGCUUUCGUUAUAAAAAAUCGAUUGAUGUACAGUACUGCCAGUUAAAGCUUUACAUACAUACAUACAUACAUACUUUAUUGAGACUCCCUUCAACAGGGCUUUUCAGUCACAAUGUUAAUUAUUACAUAAUACUGGUAAUUAAGAAAAGAAAAGAAAACUUAUUUACAGUAGUUCAAUUACAUUCAAAACACAUUCAAAAUUAUUCAAAAUAUAUUCAAAAUUAUUUUGUAUGAAAUAUCUUAUUAAAAAGUCUGCGCUUAAAACUAUCAAUAUCUUUAGUGUUCUUAAUAUUGGCAGGUAGCCCUUUCCCGGUUUCACGAAUAAUUAACAUAAAUCGAUUAUUGGUUAACCCUUGUUAUUGGAUGUGCAUAAUACAUCAGUCAAUUCCAGCUACGCCCAGGCACCCCAAGCUACUUUGGGGCAUAUGCUUGCCUUGUCAGUCCUGGCGGUGGGGAAUAACAUACUGUAGCAAAUUUUGCGCUGCCCGGGGGUCAAGCAUUUACCAACCCCUGGGCCACCCCAGAGCUUUUGACAUGCAUGUGGUUUCCUAUCUGAAUAUAGAGCUGUCAAUCCCCUGCUUCAUCAAAUAUUGAGAAUUGACUGGGAAGUGAUAAUAGAUGACAUCAUAAUGCACAAAACAUGACAUCAUUUGUGCACAAAAACAUGCAAAAAAGAUGUUGUUGGAAUUGUAACAUUUGACUUGAUUGGUUUAAUUCUCACCAAUCACAGUAUUGCUUAUGUUACGAUGGCAUACCUGAGUUUCUGAGGAAAAGAUUAAUGUUAAAAGUUUUUAUGCCUCCUUGCCUGCUUGUCUUUUAUACCCUUAUUAUAAAGAAGAACCUUUCGCUAAAUUCUGGUGUCAUCAGUCGAGCUAUGUUUGCAAGAGCGCUUAAAAAAAUAAGGAACAAGGAUGUGUUUGGGUAUAAUUUUGGCCACGCAAGAUGGCCGAUUUAUUGGUUAAAUAUAACAUCUUCAAACAAAUUUAAUUGGCAAUGAUUAUUUAAUUUUUUACGCUCUAGCAAAGGUGAGGGCAGAGAAAAAAGGCACCCAGAGUAAAUAAACCACUAUUAAGAAAGAGGUGGAGGAAGGGAGGAGGAAGGUCAAAUUCGCAAAGCUUGUUACAUCUGGAGACCAAGAUGAAGACUUCGGGGAACACAGCUUGUCUUAUACCCUAACCUUAAAUGAAGUCGUUGCUAUAAAGUAGUUUUCCGGACUUAAAGAUUCAGCUUCUGUCCGUAUUGUAAGGUGGCCAAUGAUAGUGACAUGACCAUAAGGUGACAGUGGACUGUAUCUACCGGUAUUUCAACUCUCUAGGGUAUAUGCACAGUCAAGUUCAUCAUAAAAGGGGAAAGGGUCAGUUUGAAAGGUCAAACAUUUAAUGGAUUGCCUUUGAUAGUUAGACUUAAAUAGGAGCAGUUACUAGCAACAGCCCCUUCACACUUAUCUCAGGUUACUGAAAGUGUUCUAACUACGUAUGGUUCAACCUGUUGAUUAUAUAUUGAUUAUAUUAUUCUAUUUCAUACCAGUACAAGUCAAUUUUUCUGGGAACAGUGGACCCAAAUAGUGACUUCUCCAAACUCAAGCGUGCUGCAAACAGCCAAAAAUGCAUCCGUGCAGGUGGAAAGCACAAUGAUUUAGAUGACGUGGGAAAGGAUGUAUACCAUCAUACCUUCUUUGAAAUGUUGGGAAACUGGUCAUUUGGAGAUUACUUCAAGGUGAGAAGUUAGGUUUUCCUUGGUGUCAAAGAUUAGACACCACAAGUGACAACUUGUAGCCUUUCUCUAUUGAUUAUGUAUCCACCUUAAGGGAGUACUCCAGAUUUCAAGUGAUGGGGGUGAUCGAAUAGGGGCAAAAAUCAAAACCCAAAAAAAUCCCUGGACCAAAUAUAAACCCCCAAAAAUCCCAUGCUAAAUUCCGAGCAACCACAAGAGAAGUUUGGUUGUACUUUAUUCUCAGAACUACGAGGCCAGGAUAGCUGGGCAGUAUCAUGGAUGUUCAGAUUGUUUUGAAUACCCAAAAAAAUCCCUACUUAGAUCAACCCACCCCAAAAAGGUACUUGCCAAAUUUUCCUACCCGAAAAAUCCUUCAAUCAUCCCUGUCACUUGAAAUCUGGAGUACCUCCCUGGGGUAUCCACCCCUUCAGGAAAAGUAUUGAAAGCAGCUCCCCCUUAAAUAAUCAACCCCUCAUCUUCCUCUCACUUUCUAUGGUAGAUAAAAGAAAUCCCAAAACAAACUUCUUCAGUCUAAUUUUUUUAAAUAUAUAUUUUUGAAUCUUGACUACACCAUAAGCAUCAGUAAAGGAAAUGAAUAUAUAAAUUGACUUUAUAAGAGUAACACAAUAAAAAAUAAUAAUGUAUGUAGUUUAGUAGUAGUUAACAUUGACAAACGUGGACAAAGACCCAUAGUACACUGUAGCUAGUGGCCAAAGUGGAAUUUGAAGUCACUGAGCACCAAUUCAGCCAUGCUUCGAUUAGUAUCAAAGAACAGGUGUCUUACAUGUAUCUGUUUAUUCUGACCUCCCAUCAUAUCUAUCUUGAUGACUGCUUGUGUUUUUUUCCAUGUAGCCAAUGCAUAAGUUAUUUAACCUUUUAUGAAUUUAGAAAGAAGCCAUUGAGUGGGCUUGGGAGUUGUUAACUGUGAAGUAUGGCAUGCCCAAAGAUCGCCUUUAUGUCACGUACUUUGGAGGAGAAGAAGGCCUUGAAUCUGAUGAAGAGACGCGACAAUUUUGGCUCAAUAUGGGGUAUGUCAUGUACAUGUUGCUCUAAUCACCAGCAAUAAUUCAUUAUUUGUCAAUUAAAACACCUCUCCAACCUGACACCAAACCUACCUUUCAUUGGUGGAUCUAGAAUUUUUCUUUGGGGGCAAACAAAAUAUUGAUAAUAUUUUUCAUAAUGUGAAAAUUAUACUUUACUCUAAGUAGUCAAACUUAAUUUGUGUACUGCACAGUGUACAUAUGGCACAGUGAACUUAAUUAGGUAUUAUUAAAAGGUAUUAUUUACUUAAUAGAAUACUAUCUACAGAAAAUCAAACAGUGGAUAUCUUACAGAGCCUUCCAUGUGCAUAGUGUUACGUUUUGGCCAAGACUAAAUUUUUAUGUUCACUAGUCCUAGUUGUAACAGCUUCUUAUUAAAUAAAUGUGCAAAUAGUUAACUUAUACAUCUGUGAAGUAAUGAACGUUAUGAUCUUCUUUCUCUUUAUUAUACAUGCACAGCAUUUUAAAAAGAGCCUUCAGAAGAUAUAAGAUAAAUGCUUUUCAAAUUUAUUUGUCAACCUAUUAAAAAUGAUACUGUUGUCCUCUUGUUUAAGUCUUCCCCCAGAAAGAGUGUUACCAUUUGGAAUGAAAGACAAUUUUUGGGAAAUGGGUGAAACUGGCCCAUGUGGACCUUGUAGCGAGAUUCACUUUGACAGGAUUGAUGGACGAGAUGCUGCCUCACUUGUAAAUAUGGACGACCCUACUGUUCUUGAAGUGUGGAAUCUUGUGUUUAUACAGUUCAACAGGUAUCAAUCGCUUAGUCCUUUAAGCCCCAAUAUCCACAUACAAAUUCUCCAAACUGGUCUCUAUACAUUUCUUUAAAGAACAAGUUGAGAGAAUCUGAUAAUAGAUCAAGGCAUUUUCUCUUGAGUGGUUAUUCUAUUAAUUCUCAUAACUAAUCUCUUGACAGUGUAUGGAUAUUGUCUGGAGUAAUUUGAUCUUGGUCACUAUUGGGACUUAAAGCAUUAAUCUAUCAUUAUUCCAUUUUCUGUUUUCUGUCAUAAGUGAUUUUUGUAUAGAGAAAUUCAAAUGUAGAUGCAGGUAUUUGCGACUUAAGAUUUCACUACAAAAUUAUUUUAUUUUUCUGGUGGGAGACUGAAAAGCAAAUGGUACUGUGUAAACAUGAGUAAAACAAGAACAAUUAAUACUUGUAAAAAGAAUAUUUAAUUUUCAUGGUCUCACCGUAGAAUUUCAUUUACACACGACAUGAAGUUAAAGUUAGCGUGCAGUCAACAAGAAGUCAGAAGGGAGUAGAAAUGAAGUAUUUGAGUAGCCAAUCAUAUCACUAUAUUUGCUUUAUCCUCUCUAGACACUUCUAUAAGUUAUAGAUGUAGAGCCUGUGCAAACAGAGGCGACAUUGUUGGAUGUUACAUGGCUUGUGUCUGAUUGCACACCCUGUUGCAUGUAGUUGCAUGUCAUCGGGACUUGUUGCUCGAGGUUUGAGUCCGGUCAAACUUUUUAACUUUCUUUUUUCUGUGAUUGCUGAAGCAUGGUGCAACAAUGUUGGAUCAGUUUGCACAGCUCUUGCAACAUUGUUGGGGUCAUGCACGUGCAUUGCACAUGGCUGACAAAGUCUUAUAGGUGUAUCCUUCCCACAAUGCACUUCAGGUCCCAACAUUGCUAGGCUAACAAAGCUGGGAGUUGCUGCAUCCGUUUUCACAUAGCUUAAUGCAUUUUAAAAUUAGGGAAACAGAUGGCAGUCUAAAAUCUUUGCCCAGCAAGCAUGUGGACACUGGGAUGGGGCUAGAGCGGCUAACAUCAAUUACUCAAGGAAAGAUGUCAAACUAUGACACAGAUCUCUUUCAACCAUUCUUUGAAACGAUUCACAAGGUAAGUACUCCUUGUGUGUGUUUGUGUGGUUCACUGUUGUGGGUAAAUUUUUCCAGGGAAAUCUUCCUUGAUAAGUGGCAUAAAGCCCUUUUCCUGCUUCAGCAGUAGAAUAAAAAACUGGCAUAAGUUUCCUGCAGUUUUACUUAAUUUUGCACUGCAUGAAUUGGAGUACUGUAAUUUCAAAACCUCUUCUGAGCUUGUUUGUUUUCUAUAAAUUCUGUUUUGCCAUUAGAGAGUCAACAGCCAGAGGUGUUUUUCUAGUGUGCAGCGUCAUAUGGGAAACUUUACCUCCAAAUCCUGCCUUUCUGUUGCAAAGCUGUUUUUACACUAACAGUGGCGUGAACACCUGAUGAAAAGCAUUAAAUUUAUAAAAUUAAAAUUAUAUUGUCUGCAUUUGAACAUAAUUUUUUUAUUAUAAUUAAAAAUAUAUUGAUAUAUUCAUUUUCAUAAUUAUUUUGUUUUUUUAUAUUCAUAUCCUUUUACAUAUAUUUUCAAGUAUUCAAUAUUGUUCUCAAAAGGAGUGUUUUAAUAAACAUUUUAAAAGAAAAAUUAACAAUAAAAAUGUUACUCAACACUUCAAUGACUCUAUGUUAAUGUUGUCAAAAUGUGAAGAAAAUAACUGUAGGUAGUAUUUACAUAUGAGCAACCUAUGAAUUUGUUGAAACGUGAUAUAAUGUUUUAUAAAAAGUAAACAGUUAAACAGUAAUUAAAACGACUUAACAGAAGUACCUGACUCAAAAGUGACCAAACGAGAACAUCAACAAUAGUAGAAAUUGAAGAAAAUCCGCUGUCCACAUUCCGGGAUAGUCCCUUUUGUUGGUCCUGAGGACAAAGAUGGUAUUGACAUGGCCUACAGGGUUGUCGCUGAUCACAUCAGGACACUUACAAUGGCUAUAACAGAUGGUGGGAAACCUGACAAUACUGGCAGGGGGUAAGACAGAACAACAAUUAGUUCUAGGCAAAUAGUAGCUCAUUAGUGAGAAAAUGGCUAGCAUUUUGCGACACCAACAAGUGGUUUGCCCACGAAAUGGCAUCUGAGGAAAGACUUCAGAAAUUCCGUACUGAUGAUGUGCACUACCCAGAUCUGGGUAAUGCUUCUGAUUGGUCAAUGCUGCAAGGGAAAGUUGCUAUUAUUAAAGUGGCAAAUUUCUGCCAGGAGGUUCUUAAUCCACUAGGUUCUUAUUCACGGGUGUUUACUGUAUUUAAGUCACUUUUCACAGCACGUAGGAAACAUUACAGUACUUGACAAAUGUAUGCAAGUACAAAAGAGUAAUCAUAUUGACUUUCUUUUGCCUUAAAUUGUGUUUACAGGUAUGUGCUACGAAGAAUCUUAAGAAGAUGUGUUCGUUUUGCCACAGAAAAACUAAAUUGUCCCCCAGGAUUUGUGGCUACACUGGUUUCAGUUGCUGUUGAUACUCUGGUAUGUUUCAAAAUUGAAAGUAAAACUAAAAGUCAUAUUAGUUGUUGUGUGAAGAAAUGUUGUCCUGCUGCUUAUAAAUUAAUUUGGUCAUCUUUAAUAGUUGAUAACUUCAAAAGUACAACUUCUUGGGAUGAUGUCUCUUCCCUGCUGACUGAGUAUUCACUGAUUGUAAUGGUGGAAGCUGUUUUUAGUUCAAGCUUACUAGAAUUCAACCUGAUUUGUAGGCUAAGAUAAAUUCUGUCAAAAAAAAAUUAUGAGCAUAAUUCACUACUUUUGGGAGCAAGCGUUCUGCACGCAACAUGUUCUGCUUCCAAUCAGAAUUCAGAGGAAUGAUAAGCAGAAUCUUAAGAAGACAUGAUUUGCAUUUAUAAGCAUUGUCUCCAGGCAGAAAAUGUAUUGUUGGUAAUCUUGUCGACAGUUCAGUAUGACCAUGGAUGUUAUUUUGUUUUUCCAGGGUGAGUUCUUCCCAGAAGUGACUAAAGACCCUCAACAGGUACAUUAAGACUGCGUUUAUUGAAACUAUAUUUAGUUAUACAGUCGACUCUCUCUUAACGGACACCUCUGUAAAACGGACACCUAGAGUUGGUCCAUGCCUUUGCUUAUUCCCUUUAUUUGACUCUUUAUAAGACAGACGUCUCUAAGACUGACACUUAGUGCCGGUCCCAAAGGUGUCCAUCUUGGAGAGAGUUGACUGUAAUUCAUUGAAAAUUAGGAGAGUGGGUUCUUCGGGGAAGGCGGAUAAGCAAGGUGGGGGCGGGGAAGGGUAGUGAGAGUUGGUAAUGAUAAUACAGUCAUGUAUUCCAUUAAGGAGGCAGUGUGGCUGAGUGGUCAGUGCAUCGGACUCGCAAUGUGGUGGUCACUGGUUCAAGUCUUCCUCUCUGGCUACUUUCUGGUUUGUUCUCGGUCAUUCCCACUUGAAAUCCUCAGCCACAUUUGUAAAUAGCCGUCUGGUUACCUCCUGCAAGUUGGGGUAUUUAAUCCUGUUAUGUAGUAUUUGAUAUAUUUGUUUCUAAGUAUUUGAGUGGAGUUCCUGUAAACUAGCUGGAUAAGCUAAGUGCACUUUCCACUAUAAACAAGCCUUUAAACCUUUUUUUUUUCAAAAAUAAUUUGUAUAGGUAAUAGCAUGAUUUGUAGUGAUAUUUGGCAUAAAUACCACGAGUGGUAUUUCGAAAUUAUUGUUAUACAUAAUUUCACAAGCCGUAGGCGAGUGAAAUUUGAAACAACUUUUGAAAUAUCAUGAGUGGUAUUUAUGCCACAUAUCACGUACAAAUCAUGCUAUUAUUUGUUUAUACUACUACCCGCAAUAGUUUUGUAAUUUUCACAUGUAGGUAUUUCGAAUUACGCUGAAAUACCACUGCUCUAAGCCAAUCAAAUUGCAGAAAUUUUUCAUGUAGUAGUAUAGUGGGUGAAAUCUAUUGACAAGGCUUGAAAAAAGUACCCUGUAUUUAUGUGAGACAAAUAAAUUUUUGUAUUGGGCAAGUAACAUUUAGGAUUGAAUGUUUACAGGUAAUGGAUGUGAUUAAUGAAGAAGAGACCCAGUUUCUUAAAACUUUGGCCAGAGGAAGGAAAUUGUUUGACAGAACAGUUAGCAAGCUAACAGAUCAGGUUAUCCCUGGGGAUGUUGCGUGGCGGCUUUAUGAUACGUAUGGGUUCCCUGUGGAUUUGACUCAACUUAUGGCUGAAGAAAGAGGGCUGACUGUGGACAUGGGCAUGUAUGAAGAAUGCAAGAAAACAGCCCAGGUUGGUAGUGAUGUUCAGGAUUUUUUUGUCACCUUGCAAGUGGUUCAAAGACUGAUAGUCGAUUCUAUGUAACUGCCUCUUUUUUGUUGUAUUGAUUUUGUUUUUGUUUUUUUUUUUGCGUUUUUAUUGACCUCAACGCCCUCUCAGUCCAUACACAAAAAAUUACUUGGCCCAUAUCCUGCCAUCUUGACCACUAGCCUGCGUAGCAAGCGUUUCUGCGCGAGUUCGUCGAGAAAGUUGGGACGAGAGCUCCCGCUCUAACUAUCGCGCAAUAACUCGAUUGGAAACGCUUGCUACGCAGGCUAUUUGAUCACUAGCCCUUUCGUUUGGAGCGCUAGCCCUUUGCUGUGACAAUUCACACUCAUCAACUCAGUUGACAAAACCAAAUAUUUGCAAUAGUGUUUACCUUUGAAAACCGUAACAUUGAAAUUCAAAUUGUCAUUUGUUGUCCCUGUAGGUUUCAAAUAGAAGUAGUGGGAAGAAUCCAGUGUUGAAUGAGUAUCAAUUGGAUUCAUCUUCUGUGAUCAAGUCCUCAGUUCUCAUCACCACUCUGUUUGAUAGAGAAUUGAUAGUACAAGGAGAAAUUUUGAGCUGAUCACUCUUAGCAGGGCUUAAAGGGUUAAGCAAAAACAGGGCAGCUGACCACGUUUUUUGUAAUAUAAUGUCUAAAACUUUCUAAAGCUCAAAAAAGCCUGAAAAUUUUUGGAUGACCGUUCCAUUCGUCUAAGAGAUUGAGAGGUUUGUUACUAACUUGCCUUAGAUUUUUGGGGGAUGGCACUUUCUCAAUUUUUCACAUUUUAUUACCUGCAUAGUGUGAUUGUUGUUGAAAAAGGUCUCAUGAUAAUUGAGGCAUAAAGACAAAACGUCUCCUAAAAUUCUCAAAUGACAAUAUAGCUAACCCAUGUCCUCGAACUUUCGACCGGACCCUUUAGGGUAGCUAACAGUCUCCAACGAGACGAAAAAGCCACCUGAAACUUUCGAAACGGCCAAAGUUUCCCCAAGACGUCUGAACAAGUAAAUAACUCUUACGGUAACUCCAAAUUAACCAAGAAGGCUUUUAAAACAUACAGAAAACCAUUUGAAACACUUCUGCUGACGUAUUUGGAAACAUUUAAUAGGUAGUUGGGUGCCACUUAAAAAUGUCAUUACAACUUACAGGAAAUUGCCAGAGGAAAGGGGUCUGGAAACGAUGAUUCCAUCACUCUUGAUGUUCAUGCCAUCAACAAGCUGCAAAAGGAAUUCAAUCUUUAUCCCACAGACGAAAGUCCUAAGUACAAAUACACAUCUGAUGCGGAAGGCAAUUAUGGUAAGUGGACUUACAGUAAUACUGGUCCUCACNAAUGUCAUUACAACUUACAGGAAAUUGCCAGAGGAAAGGGGUCUGGAAACGAUGAUUCCAUCACUCUUGAUGUUCAUGCCAUCAACAAGCUGCAAAAGGAAUUCAAUCUUUAUCCCACAGACGAAAGUCCUAAGUACAAAUACACAUCUGAUGCGGAAGGCAAUUAUGGUAAGUGGACUUACAGUAAUACUGGUCCUCACCAGCGAUGCAAGCAUAGGUAUAAGCAUAAGAAGCAUAUGCACAGGUGAGAGAACAGCCUUGAUAUAAGCACAAGCGUGAACACAAGAAUAUCAUGACCUUGACUUUUUCUUCACAACUUUGCACGUGCAUCUCACUUUUUUGUACCUUUCUUUGCCGUUUUUGCACGAAUUCGGCGUGAAAUUGCCUAAUUUCACUUUUUAUGGAAGACGUAAAGAAGCGACGAGGAGAUUUGAUUCUCUUUCUAAACCUGAAUAUGGUUCUUAGAAAUUCAUCUCCGGGAUGGUUCGCCUACAUUUGACAAAAUAAGUGAAAAUUCAUUUUUGAAGCGACGUUUUUGCUGCCAUCACUUCGUCCGAUCGUAAAGUCUCUGUUAUGAGGACGAGGACGACGUUUAUAAAUUGUAAGUUUUGUCGCCUAUUCUUUACAAAUAGACACCCCGGAAAGCUUAAAUAUACUUUUUUUUUCACCACAAACGUUAGCACGCUUAUUAGUUAUGUUACAUGACCACAGGGGAUAUGCGAGGGGUGUGUCGAUUGGAGUUCCACACUUCGUGUAUCUCAUCGUAACAAAGUGCUGAGAUAUUGGCAAAUCUGUUCAUGCCAAUGACGCUAACUGCUGACUUCGAUUCCAGUGUGCAAACUAUUAAACCAUGUUUCGUGUCUUUUCUUUCUAGUGUUUGAGCCUGUAGUUGGUACGGUAAAGGCAAUCAUUUAUGAAAAAGAGUUUGUUAAUGAGGUCACUAGCGGAAGUCACUGUGGUGUUGUAAUGGACAGAACCUGCUUCUAUGCCGAGCAGGGUGGGCAGAUAUAUGAUCAGGGAUUCAUGACCAAAGAAGGAGAUGAAGUAAGGGACAUCUUUAACAGCGAUUGGUUUAUAGCCUUCUCUUGAUACAAGCAGCCGUGACAUAAAUUGGGGAAAAGAAUUCAAUCGGAGAAUUCGCCCCAUUAGCUGUGAAUUUAUGUUCAGCCAUGUUGUCGAAAAUAGUACAUACCAUUUGAUAGUGGGACAUUAAGGAGAAAAUAAUUGCCUUCCAUCAAAGUGACCAGCGUUCGCAUCUCGGACAGCAAUCCUUUUAUCGGUUCUGAGAGGUAUUUCUUCGGAUCCUUCGAUUUCCUGCUUAUACUUUUCCAAGAGUUAUAGAUAGCAUUUUGGACAUAACUCUCAUGCAAAAAUUCAUUUCCUUUUUAAUUUUUUUGAGUUAAGUUGAUUACUUUUGUCUUUUCGUCUUAGGAAGUGGAAUUUUCCGUCACGAAUGUUCAGAUUCACGGAGGCUAUGUUCUUCAUGUAGGAGCAAUAGAGGGUACCCUGAGAGUUGGAGACCAGAUGAAAUGCCAAAUAGAUGAAGUAUGUAUUCUCCAUAAUAUUAAACCUAAUAGCUUCGUGGACUACUGGACUACAGUUCUUUGGCCCUUAUUCUCACGACUGGCACCAACCCGUUAAAAGGGAAGAUAAAGGGAAAGGCGCACACGAGCCAUAGGCCCAGACGGCCGGAGCUUAUCGCAGUUUCCUUAGCAUGAAGCAUGUCUAGGAGUAUUGCUACUCCUCCCUGGACGGGAUGCUAGUCCAUCGCAGGGUUACCCCCAGCAGUAUGUCGCCGGUACCCAUUUAUGCACCCCAGUGAAGAGAGACAAAGUAGAGUAAAGUUCCCUUUCUAAGGAAACAACGCAGCGGGCAAGGCUUGAAUUUCGGACCUCAGGUCCAGAUCCGGAGUUAGAGGUGUUAACCAAUAGGCCACACACGCCUCCAAAAGGGAAGCCUUCGAGUUGAACCCCGAAAAGCUUCAUUGUAUUUUUUUACAGAAAAGUUAACACGGUUAACUUUAUUGAAGGAGAUUAAGCCCUCUCCCGUGCGCAAAAUGAUUAAACUUGUAACAUUUGAUAACUUGUUUCCGCAACUACAGCUCGCUAUUAAAAUCCCGUAGUAGUAUGACGACGGGUACUACGUUUUCCCGCCAAAGUGACGCCGAUGUUCACACGCGCGCACUACUUGGUAAUCUCGUUCUCAGAGUCUUCCUUGUCAAUAGAAUGUAAACACGGUAAAGGCCUGUAUUAACAACGGUGUCUGUCGUUUGCAGAUUAAGAUAGUCACUGUAAUUACGUUCUAAUGUUUCUUCCAAAGAUGUUUCCAUUCUAGGCAUAGUUUAUUUCCGUUCCUUAUAUAAAUGCAGAGAGUUUAAAACACGUCUUUUUUACAGCAACGGCGAAGAGUCACCAUGAAUAAUCACACAGCGACGCAUGUGCUGAAUUUCUCAUUGAGAAAAGAACUGGGUGAAGCGGACCAGAGAGGUUCGCUAGUUGCACCCGAUAAACUCCGAUUUGAUUUCACCGCUAAGGUAAAUUAAGUGUACUAAAAUGCCUCUUUAACAAUUGCGAUACUCAAAGUAAAUAAAAAUUGCGAGCGUUAGUCGAAAAUGAAAGUCAAUCUGUCUGUUUGUCUUGUUACUACAUGACAAACUAAUUCACCCAUCAAGAACGUAGAUCAGCGAUUAAGGGCAUUGUUAUGGAUCUUUGCUACUUCCCUUGGUGUCAAUGACUCUGUAAAUGAAAUAAUUUAAUAUUGUCGCCCGAUAUGCCCAGCAUAAACCUGUGAUAAAUUGCACGAUCUCCUGAUGGCCAUCUCAAUGAGGUGUCUAAAUGCAAUAAUUUCAAAUAGGAAAGUGACAAAAAAUGGCUAACAGCUCAUUCAAACUCAAAUUAUUGAAUAUGAUGCUAAACCUGUGUACAGUCGUGGUCAUGAGUGUGUAAUGAAUUAACUGUGAACCUUUCAAAUGAAACCUUUUUAUUACUGCACAGUACCCUCGUAUGGUACUACUCAUAUAUUCAGGAUUUUAAAAAGUGAAAUUCCCGAAUUUUGUUGAUUUUAAGUUUUUAGCACUCCUGGAGUUUAACUGUAUGGUUUUUCCUUUAGGGUGCGAUGACAACCGAACAAAUCAAGAACACUGAACUAACAAGCCAGGAUAUUGUAUCAAGAAACAUGCCUGUAUUUGCUACAGAAGUCACUUUAGCCGUGGCGAAGGAUAUUCAAGGACUCAGGGCAAUUUUUGAAGAGGUUAGUAUAAUCCGUUACAACCUUGCACAGUGUUUUCGCGAAAAUUACCGUGGCUUCUAGACCGCAGAGGUUUUUUUCACUUGCAGCUACCACGGAAAAAACGGCAGAAAAACGUGCAACCUGUUUUGCAACAUCGUUGCAAAACGAGUUGGAAAGCGAUAUUGCGCGUUUUACCACACACGUUCAAGCCUGUAUUGCAACAAAUCAAGUUAAAUUGAGUGAGUACUGACUUCUGCUUGGAUAAAAUCGCGCGGGAGUCACGCCAGACACUGGAUUUACCUCACUUGUGCAAAACAAGUUUGGCUUGAGCAGGUAAAACGCGAAGCAUGUACAGAUUUUGUUACAAAAGGUAGAUUUGUUGCACGACAGGUUUGGUUCGUGGGUGGUAAAACGCGCAACAUUGCAUCUUAACGCGUUGCUUUUGUUUCUUUUCAAUGUAAAAGUUCCGUAAAAAGGACGUCGACGAAGUGACAGCUUGGUCUUAUUUUUCAAAAAUAAUUGUGAUCUCUGUUGAGUGUAUUAAAUUGCCUCUUUUUAAAAUGAAUCAGCUCGUAGAAAACUCAGCUCAUACCUCGUUGAAGUUUCUAUAAAUGAAGUUAGAAGUUAAAUCUACUCGCAUAAUUAUUGUAGCUGUAAGACGUGCUACUGUGGUGAUUAUGUAAUAAUCUUUGUUCCUUGGUUUUACAUUGUUACAUUUUUUGAUUGGUUGAAGAUUUUCGCAGUCAACAGUCAAGGGAAAAGCAAAAAAUGAAUCAAGUCUCUCUCGCGCUCUUGCGCACCUUUCGGCUACGGUGCUCCUGCCUUGAAAUCUGAUAGGUUCAUUUGAUGGUCUGCACUCAUUGUGAUUGGCUGUUUCAACUUUUCUUGGUUUCUAGGUUUACCCUGACCCAGUCCGCGUACUUUCUAUUGGCUCGUCAUUCGCUGACCUACAAGAAGAUCCACAGGCCGGAUAUAAAUACUCUGUGGAAUUUUGUGGCGGAACGUAAGCAGCAAUUCCAUUUUUCCAUAUAUUUUUUUUGUUUUUUAUCUCCACUUCCGAAGUUCCCGCAUAACCGACAGCAAACAAAGUUGUCUGCGUGGCAAAUGAACUGUUAUUCAGGUAAAGUUGUUUGUAUGCACAUGUGACAUAUAAGUGUUUAAUAUUUAGUGCUAACAUUUUCGAGAGAGAGACAUUUCUGGGACGUAUUGAAAGAAGGCCUCAAAAAGAAUUUGUCCCAAACUAUGUGACAUAAAAUGUACGAAUCACUGUAAAAGAGGGGAUGCUACAAUCUUGGACAAAGAGUGUUAAGAAUUGUGCACAUCCUUACCCACAGGGAAGAUUUUUUGUUACUGCCAGUGCUUGAAAGAGCUUUACUUUGAAACUAGACAUGGCGACGUCCGUUUUUUUUUAACAUUUUGUCCAAUAAUGUAGCCUCUACAACCUCUCAAAGGACGAAAUGCUUUUGACAGUAAUUGUAAACUGCCUUUUUUCUUCUAAACCUGUUUUCAUCAGACAUUUGCAACGCUCGGGGUCUUCGAGUUGAACCCCGAAAAGCUUCAUUGUAUUUUUUUACAGAAAAGUUAACACGGUUAACUUUAUUGAAGGAGAUUAAGCCCUCUCCCGUGCGCAAAAUGAUUAAACUUGUAACAUUUGAUAACUUGUUGCCGCAACUACAGCUCGCUAUUAAAAUAGUAGUAUGACGACGGCUACCACGUUUUCCCGCCAAAGUGACGCCGAUGUUCACACGCGCGCACUACUUGGUAAUCUCGUUCUCAGAGUCUUCCUUGUCAAUAGAAUGUAAACAUGGUAAAGGUCUGUAUUAACAACGGUGUCUGUCGUUUGCAGAUUAAGAUAGUCACUGUAAUUACGUUCUAAUGUUUCUUCCAAAGAUGUUUCCAUUCUAGGCAUAGUUUAUUUCCGUUCCUUAUAUAAAUGCAGAGAGUUAAAAACACGUCUUUUUUUACAGCAACGGCGAAGAGUCACCAUGAAUAAUCACACCGCUACGCAUGUGCUGAAUUUCUCCUUGAGAAAAGAACUGGGCGAAGCGGAUCAGAGAGGUUCGCUAGUUGCACCCGAUAAACUCCGAUUUGAUUUCACCGCUAAGGUAAAUUAAGUGUACUAAAAUGCCUCUUUAACAAUUGCGAUACUCAAAGUAAAUAAAAAUUGCGAGCGUUAGUCGAAAAUUAAAGUCAAUCUGUCUGUUUGUCUUGUUACUACAUGACAAACUAAUUCACCCAUCAAGAACGUAGAUCAGCGAUUAAGGGCAUUGUUAUGGAUCUUUGCUACUUCCCUUGGUGUCAAUGACUCUGUAAAUGAAAUAAUUUAAUAUUGUCGCCCGAUAUGCCCAGCAUAAACCUGUGAUAAAUUGCACGAUCUCCUGAUGGCCAUCUCAAUGAGGUGUCUAAAUGCAAUAAUUUCAAAUAGGAAAGUGACAAAAAAUGGCUAACAGCUCAUUCAAACUCAAAUUAUUGAAUAUGAUGCUAAACCUGUGUACAGUCGUGGUCAUGAGUGUGUAAUGAAUUAACUGUGAACCUUUCAAAUGAAACCUUUUUAUUACUGCACAGUACCCUCGUAUGGUACUACUCAUAUAUUCAGGAUUUUAAAAAGUGAAAUUCCCGAAUUUUGUUGAUUUUAAGUUUUUAGCACUCCUGGAGUUUAACUGUAUGGUUUUUCCUUUAGGGUGCGAUGACAACCGAACAAAUCAAGAACACUGAACUAACAAGCCAGGAUAUUGUAUCAAGAAACAUGCCUGUAUUUGCUACAGAAGUCACUUUAGCCGUGGCGAAGGAUAUUCAAGGACUCAGGGCAAUUUUUGAAGAGGUUAGUAUAAUCCGUUACAACCUUGCACAGUGUUUUCGCGAAAAUUACCGUGGCUUCUAGACCGCAGAGGUUUUUUUCACUUGCAGCUACCACGGAAAAAACGGCAGAAAAACGUGCAACCUGUUUUGCAACAUCGUUGCAAAACGAGUUGGAAAGCGAUAUUGCGCGUUUUACCACACACGUUCAAGCCUGUAUUGCAACAAAUCAAGUUAAAUUGAGUGAGUACUGACUUCUGCUUGGAUAAAAUCGCGCGGGAGUCACGCCAGACACUGGAUUUACCUCACUUGUGCAAAACAAGUUUGGCUUGAGCAGGUAAAACGCGAAGCAUGUACAGAUUUUGUUACAAAAGGUAGAUUUGUUGCACGACAGGUUUGGUUCGUGGGUGGUAAAACGCGCAACAUUGCAUCUUAACGCGUUGCUUUUGUUUCUUUUCAAUGUAAAAGUUCCGUAAAAAGGACGUCGACGAAGUGACAGCUUGGUCUUACUUUUCAAAAAUAAUUGUGAUUUCUGUUGAGUGUAUUAAAUUGCCUCUUUUUAAAAUGAAUCAGCUCGUAGAAAACUCAGCUCAUACCUCGUUGAAGUUUCUAUAAAUGAAGUUAGAAGUUAAAUCUACUCGCAUAAUUAUUGUAGCUGUAAGACGUGCUACUGUGGUGAUUAUGUAAUAAUCUUUGUUCCUUGGUUUUACAUUGUUACAUUUUUUGAUUGGUUGAAGAUUUUCGCAGUCAACAGUCAAGGGAAAAGCAAAAAAUGAAUCAAGUCUCUCUCGCGCUCUUGCGCACCUUUCGGCUACGGUGCUCCUGCCUUGAAAUCUGAUAGGUUCAUUUGAUGGUCUGCACUCAUUGUGAUUGGCUGUUUCAACUUUUCUUGGUUUCUAGGUUUACCCUGACCCAGUCCGCGUACUUUCUAUUGGCUCGUCAUUUGCUGACCUACAAGAAGAUCCACAGGCCGGAUAUAAAUACUCUGUGGAAUUUUGUGGCGGAACGUAAGCAGCAAUUCCAUUUUUCCAUAUAUUUUUUUUGUUUUUUAUCUCCACUUCCGAAGUUCCCACAUAACCGACAGCAAACAAAGUUGUCUGCGUGGCAAAUGAACUGUUAUUCAGGUAAAGUUGUUUGUAUGCACAUGUGACAUAUAAGUGUUUAAUAUUUAGUGCUAACAUUUUCGAGAGAGAGACAUUUCUGGGACGUAUUGAAAGAAGGCCUCAAAAAGAAUUUGUCCCAAACUAUGUGACAUAAAAUGUACGAAUCACUGUAAAAGAGGGGAUGCUACAAUCUUGGACAAAGAGUGUUAAGAAUUGUGCACAUCCUUACCCACAGGGAAGAUUUUUUGUUACUGCCAGUGCUUGAAAGAGCUUUACUUUGAAACUAGACAUGGCGACGUCCGUUUUUUUUUAACAUUUUGUCCAAUAAUGUAGCCUCUACAACCUCUCAAAGGACGAAAUGCUUUUGACAGUAAUUGUAAACUGCCUUUUUUCUUCUAAACCUGUUUUCAUCAGACAUUUGCAACGCUCGGGGCACAUGCAGUCCUUUGUUCUUGUAUCAGAGGAAGCAAUUUCUAAAGGAAUCAGAAGGAUAGUUGCCCUGACAGGACCGGAGGCGCUCAAAGCUGAGAAAAAAUGUCACUUAUUGGAGGAACAGGUCGAAAAAAUACAGAAUCUGGUACAGGAAAAGAUGAAAAAUGGCAGCUUGAACAUCAAGGGGACAUCACAAGAAAUUGCAAGACUCACUGAAGUAAGAAUAAAUAGUGCUAGUGAUAAUUUUCUCGCAUUUGUAAUAAUACUUUAUUCAAAUACCAGUACAUAAUUUCUUGUUGGUUGCUACGAGAGGUUUUUCUCCGGAUUCUCCGGUUUUCCCCUCUCCCUAAAAACCAACACUUCCAAAUUCCAAAUACGAUGGUCUUCACAUUCGACGAACUCAACUCAUAAAUUAAAAAUUUGUAUGAUAAUGUAUAUUUAGCCUCGUUCAGGAGAAAAUUUAUUACUGAUCUAAUUCAGUUGAUUGGUUCGAUGCAUCCUGAGUUCGACAUCUGACCCAACAGACGAUGUAAACUUAAUUUAGGUCGACCCAAAUUAGAGUUUGGUUCGUCUCAAGAAAAGUUAGACGUUUGGCCUAGGCCUAAGAAUCUUAUAGAUCGUUUACGCGUACGUGGUCAGCAGCUUCGCAAUUUUCCUGGAACAAAAGAAAGUUUUAUUUCCUGAGAGAAGACAACCUUAUCCCGAAGGCCCUGUACAUAUACAUAGCCCAGCGCUGUUUCAUUGUUGUGUUGUACACCAAUAUUGCCGCUGUGUCUUCGUUUACUCUCCUUACUCCAGGAUCUUUCCGCUGCUGUUAUUUCUGCCUGGCGUAAAGACGAAAUGAGGACAAAGUUAAAGGCCGUGAAGAAACUUGUGGACGAUGCUGAUCGAGCAAAGAAGAAUGCGAUGAUGCAGCAGGUGAAUAAAUACCGACCAAUUUACUUUUUUAAUUUACUCGUAUACACUGUUUUAUCGAUUGUGAAUAUAACCAACAUUUUCCACCAUUCUCAUCUCAAAAUGACCAAGAUGAACUCUGGUUCCGUGUUGGGUUUUGUUUUGUUUUCUUUGUCACUAAAAUUCAUGUGAAAAUCUGGCAGAGCUUUUAUAAUCUGUAUACGUCGUUGAUUUCAUCCUGGUUAUUUUGAGACCGCGGACUUUUGUUGCGCGUGCCGUAGGAAAGCUGCCGUGUGGUUCCCAGCCAACAGCUCCCAAAUGUGUUGAGUGGAGCUGGUGCUUAAUGGAGUGCUUUUGCACUCGCCUCGGCAGUAUAAGGCCCAAGAUACACGGCUUAGUUCGUGCUUAAAUUAAAUUUAGUGCCAUUUUAUAUGACUUUUUUAUGAAGCUUUUUUAAUCAGUGUUUAGUUGAUUUUGUGUUUACUGUGCUCUAAGACUGGUAUAUAAUGUUUACUUAGUUUGUAAAUAACUUGUACUUUAAAUUGAAUUUUGUAUAAUAGUGUUUUGAAUAGGACUUCUCAACACUUAUUGUGGAGUGGUAUUUAGCUGCAUGCUUCUUUGUGCGUUUACUGCUUUGCUUCGAAUAUUGCUUUGCAUAAAGCCAUGGUGAUUUAUUGCUUAAUGUGGCCUUUUUGUUAUUGCAGUGUAGUUAGCUAUUUAGUCAGCCCUCCUGCGUUUUUAAGUUGUCCUUAUGUGCUGUAGAUAUUGGUGAAGUUGUGUAAUUUAGUAAGGGGUGGCGGACGUGGCUCAUUACCCCGGCGAUAUUUGUCGUGCUCGUGCACCCAUCCUGAGGCGAGAUGUAAUGUACAGUUGACGAAGUACAGUGUUGUGGUCUUGUGUCUGUGUUUUGUGUGUUGAUAGGCGGCACAGCAUUGCACUCCUUUGUGUACGCCCAACUCGAAACAACAACAACAACAACAACAACAACAACAAAAAACACGACUUUGUUGGUUCAUAGGUCCGACGGCCUUGCCAUGACGAUGAGCCUUGAUAAGGGUGAAAAAGCUGUCAUGGCUCCCACUGCCCGGGUGGUAUGACUGUGCGCAUGCGUUAGGUACUGGCCAGGCCGAGGGUUGGUGUAUGUGCGUCACUUGCUGUUCAGUUUGUCUCAUGCCCGCCACGUCAAAAAAUAAUAUCCAUAGAUUACGUUGCCACACAACAUGAAUAAGUUCAGAACUCUUGAAUUCUUUGUUUCAGGCUGUGGAUAAAGCAAAGGCCAUGAUUGCGGAGGAUAGUAACAGGACUUUUGUCGUUGACGUUUUUGACGCUGGAUCCAAUCAGAAGGUAGUAAUAAAAGAAGAUGAGCCUGGCAAUUCUCGAUACUGCGAUGAAUAUCUUUAACUGGACGGUCUUAGAGCGUUACAUCGGGCUGCACUAGUAGAAAAUAGAAGCUCACCUGUGGAUGUUAUGGGCUUAAUCAGAUAGUUAUACGAAUAAGAACCCUAAUUAACAAUUAUUCCUCGAGCCCGAAUGGGCUGUGAGUCAAUAGCCCAUGAGGCCGAAGGCCGACUGGGCUAUUGACUCAGAGGCCAUGAGGGCGAGAGGAAUAAUGGUUUUAGUAAAAUCCAACUAGUUGGUCAAAAAUAUCGAGACAAAACAACUUUAGCUAGUUAAAGCUAGACUUUAAUUCUUUCUUGCCGCCAAAAAGCCGGCGCUUUUCGCUACUAGUGGGCUGUACCAUAUAGCCUAGUAGUAGCUCAAUCAAUCAGAACGCAGCAUUGAUAAGACCACUAGUUGAAUUUUACUAGUAGUUGAUAGUAGCGCAAAAGCGAAAUAAUAGUCAUAAAGUGGGAUUGAAAAGAAAACAAGCAGUUUGUACAACUCCUUGCAAGGAAUUUCCGUCGUCCAGUACAACUUACUAGAGCGUUACCAAUCGACCAACAAACCAUGACGUCAUAUCUUCUCUCGAUUGAUAACUGUUUAAGCCACUGUUUAAACAAGACAACCACUCUCAAACGGUUUGAAGUGCGACACAUGUUCAGCCACACCCGGAACGCGACUCGUCAAAGCAUCUUAAGUUAUAAAAAAAAUUAAGCAAGCUCGAGCUUUCAAAGCUGUACUUUUUUCAGUGGCCGACUCUUGUGUUGAUGUUGUAUCCGCGUGUUCACCUCGUUUUCAUGACAAUCUGAACGGGAUAUUUUGCACGACAGGAGGAAAUGUAAAUGUUACCUCGGGCCACGCGCGCCGGAGUGAGUGAAAAUAUUAGAGAGUUUUAGAUCCGAGUUUACCGCAAACCUGUAACCGCAGUUGGCGGUUACCCGUUUGCGGUUCGACGUUCAAACACAAUACGAUUUAGAUUGGCGGUGGAUUAAAGAAGUGGAAGUAAGUUUAUUUUUCCUUUUAGAAAUAGAAGAAAUAUCAAUCAGUGAAAAUAAAAGAAAUUUACAGUAACACUGGGUUAUCUAGCAGCAAAGAGCUGUAAAUUCUUACAUUAGUUCUUCUUGCAAAUUUACGGCCGCCAUUUUGAAUCAGCAGCCACGAAUGGCACUUGUUUUCAAGAUCCAAUAGGAUUUAUCAAUUUUAGCAUUUCGCCCAAAUUUCUGCCUCUGUUAAUGGAUAAAGACUUGCUCCACAAGAUUUUUGUAUCAUUACGUGGGAUAAAACAAGAAUUAUACGCUAAAAGCUUUCAGGUAAAUAACAUUCUUGAAAACCUACCUCCCCACGUUGAAAACGCACGUCAUAAACCUCAAACGUGACGCGAAAGACUUGUCACGUGACCUCCAGCGGUUAGAGGUUCGCGGUAAACUCGGAGCUAAAACUCUCCAUUAUUUUGAGAGAAGAAUCCCUCGCGUGCCGUCGAACAAGCCUCGGAUCUAUGUUAGUCCCAGUUCAUUUCCGAGAAAAAGAAAGUAGCCCAUUUUGAUGAAAGGUUUUCACGGUGAAUUAGAUUAACUAACUUUUUUUUACUUUUAAGGUUCUCGAUGCAGCUCUGAAGCAAUUCAAAAGUUUGGCUCCAAAAACUGCAGCUCUUCUGUUCAGCGUGGAUGAAGAUAAUGGAAAGAUUAUUUGUCUGGCUCAAGUACCGAAGGUAAACACUCUUUAACGAUGUUGACCCUUUGAAGAAGCAAUGGUACUUGGGAAAAUACCUAGACUACGUGAAGUAAUAUGUUAUUACGGCGGUUGGGCCAAGCGAAGCUCGCUUGAAAAACAGUUUUCUUCCUCGUCUUUGUGACUGUGCCAAUUUUGUGUCUUGUUUGAACGAGCAAGGCAAACGGUACGUUAAUAGUCGAAAAUACGGGAGUUAUUUAUACGCGACCAAAAUGUUGUAAUUCCGCAAUAGCUGAGUGGAACUUCGCCUUAUAAUCACGUCAUUUAUACGACUAACACUCAAUAGUACUAGAAACUAAUAGUUGAUAUUUGUUUAUCAUCAUCAUCAUCAUGAUUAUGAUUAUGAUUAUUAUUAUUAUUAGUUUUUGAAGCGUUAUGUCUAAACAGAGAUAAAAUAUUUUCAUUACAGGAAGUAAUUCAGCAAGGACUGAAGGCGGAUGAGUGGGUCAAGUCUGUCUCAGAACUCUUAGGAGGCAAAUGCGGCGGAAAAGACCUGUCCGCGCAGGGAUCUGGGCCCAACGUUGGCUGUCUUAAGAAAGCGGUGGAAACAGCCACUCAAUUUGCAAAGCAAAAACUCUGACAUGUAACAACGCUCGCCCGCUCGCCCGAGUUAGGAAGUACUGUAUUUUGAAUUUCAUCUGACACAAUUGUAUUUACAAUGUUUCACUAUGUCUGACGAGUAGAUAAAUUGAAUUGUAGAUGAAGAAGCUUAUUGCACCAGUUUGUUACAUCCUCUGGCUCGUAACACUCGCGUGUCCGCCCUUGAGUCUUAAGGGAAAAUGCUCAUUGACUGUACACGAUUAUCUUUUCAAAAGAGGCCAAAUUUAGAAAUCGAUUCUAAAUUCUCAAUCAGAACCUCGUUUACACAGGUGCGGACACAUUUUUUGAAUGGACAAAAAUGUGCACGGAGCCGCCUUUCGUUUACACGAUACUCACGGGGCCGUGCGAGUUUUUGACCUGAUCAGCAUUAUGGACUCGUGUAAACAGCACUGCAAUCUAUAACAGGAUACGGUUCUGUAUACACGGGUUGCACAGGUAAAAAUUCGUCCCGUGGAAAACUUGUCCAUACCCGUCUAAACGGGGUCUAAGGGCCUGUUUACAUGGAGGUGGGGGACCCCAGGUAGGUGAGGUAACAUGUGGCGGGUCACCCCACCUAUCAUGUAAACGUGAUCAAAUUAAAGUGAGAGAUUAUAUGGACAGGCGGGUUAUCCCACCUAAGCGGGUUACCUCAUCUACCUGGGGUCCCCCACCUCCAUGUAAACAGGCCCUAAGGGACGGACCAUUAGAAAAGUUAUUGGGGGAGUGGGGAAUUUUCGAGCAGCAGGAAUUUUUUUUCGUUAUCAAAUUCUUUGUAUGAAUUUUUUUUAGGCCGUAGCAUGAAUAUUUUUUAGGGUUAAUGGGCGUGCAUGAAUUUUUUUCAUUUAAUUUUCCCUUGCGCGAAUAUUUUUUUUGUUCUUCGCCCCCCUCCCCCCACCCCCCCCAUACGUUUUCUAAUGUUCCGUCCCUAAGAAGAGCAAUCAAUGCUAUGAUGGCCUGUCAUCUUAUUGCGAGGUCCACAUCCUACAG